UGAGAUUGGGCACUGGUGAUGGUAUAGAGGAUACUUGCAUACGAUUGUGUCUCUAUCGUGUUCUUUAUCGGGUCUAGAUUGGAAGAUGGGAUGAAUAGGUGGGAGAGGGAAGGAUUCGAUGUGAUCGAUCGAUUGAUGAGUUUCAUCCUUUGGCAUCUACGUUUGUUUCUUUGCGUGUUCUUUGUUCGUUUGGAGCCCUUUUUUUUAUUCUUUUCUCUCUUACUUUCCUCUUAUUUAGAGCGAUUAUUAUACUUCGGGAUGGAUGGUUUUUAUUCGGUUGGCGUUUCUUGUGGUUUUCUUUUUUUUCCCUUUUCUGGACUUUCUUUAUACCAGGUGCUUAUGAUUGGGUAUCGGACAAGAACACGAUAGGUCUGAAUCUUUCUCUUUGAAUAUAUCUUUACUUACAUAUUAUUCCAAUUCGAAAUGGAGUGUCUUAACGCCAGGCAACAAAGAAAUAUAAACUAAACUAAGCCAUCCAUAGCAAC